UCUAAUCUGUGUCUGUUUCUGAACGAAAUUUCUCUAACCCACUUUGUCAUCUAUUUUCUUUUGUAUUUUUGGCAUGUUUGUGUCGUAUUUUAUCUUGUUUUGUGUGAGAAAAAAGACGCAGGCAGGUUGAUUAAAUUUUCUAAUAAUGUCGUAGUCUUGCAGACAUUUAUAUGCUGUGUAAAUUCUAAUAAAUUAAUGGAGUUGAAGGUCUGGGUCGAAGGAAUACAAAGGAUUGUUUGUGGGGUCACGGAGACUACUACUUGUCAGGAUGUAGUUUUUGCAUUGGCCCAUGCUACGGGCAAAGUGGGCAGAUUCACUCUGAUAGAGAGAUGGCGAAAUAACGAACGGCUUCUAGCCCCUCAAGAAUAUCCACUCAAGAUUUUGUCUAAAUGGGGUGAAUACUCUAAUGACAUACAGUUUAUAUUAAGAAGAUCUGAUUCUGGCAAUAACCAGAAACCUCUCCAGACCACCAGCAAUACCAGAUCUCCUAUAGGAAAUGGCAGCCAUAACACAUCAAAUCCAAAUAUCCUGGAAAGUCAAAACUCACCAAAUAGAAUAAAUACAACACCAACUUACAAUAACAAUAAUAUAAGUAAUACAUCGCCGGGUAACCCUGUUGGAGUGGUGAAGGGUGUGCAGCAAACCAAGACACUAGAAUCUGAUAGUCCUGUGUUGAAAGAUGUCCCACCUUAUAGAGAACCACCACCACCAUAUCGUUCACCACCACCACCAUCACAAGCCUUACGGAAGUCUCCGAAUCGUAUGCGUGGCAAUCGUUCAGCUCACAUGUCACCAGUUAACUUGCCUGAUGAGGGUGCUGAUAGGAGCCCUGAAGCUGUCAGUUACAACAGCCAAUAUAGAGAGCUAGUUUCACUUGUUAACUAUCAGAGGGAGAAACUGUCAAGUCAACAAGUUGAUCUUAUUAAGUAUGAUGCUGAAAUCGGCUAUUGGGAAAACAAAGGUCGUGAACAGGAUCGUCAGGUGGAAUUGUUGCAACAGCAAAUUAGUUCUGCUGAUAACCAACUACGCAUUAGUACUGAGCAGGUUCAAGCCUUAAACUACAUAGAAGAGGAAAGCGAAAUUGUAAAGCAGAACGAGAAGACUCUGAAAUCUGAAAUAGUGCUAGUACGUUCGAAGUUAGCUAAUUGUGAGACUGAACUUUUGCAAUGUAAGAACAAGAUACGUAAGCUUAUGGAGGAGAUUCACAAUGAACAACGUAUAGUUAAUAGUCGCCAGCAGGAAAACAGACAAGCAUUGGAGAGAUCAAUGCUCGCCGAAAUGGAAAAUCUGCAGAGUCAGAUACAACAAGCAAAACACGCCACCGAAAUAAAUCAUCUUACAGCUGAAAAUUUGAAGCGAGAGGUGGGUGUAUUAGAAGAUGCAAUAAUGGAGAAAAAGCGUCAGGUAGAACGGUUAGUUCAGGAGAUGAAGGAAGCCAAUCUUCAGAGCUUGACAGGAAGCGUGGAUGAACUACGUCACCCUUUAGAUGGGUUGUGUAAAGCAGGUAGUGCACGAAGAAUUAUAGGUUCUCCGCGACAAUUGGAGAACGCAGCCCCUACUAAUAAAAACCCACACGGUGUUUGGGUAUAAUACCUAAGAAGAUCCAGAAAAUAAUGAAGCAAUCUCAUAUCUUAUAUUUGAAACAACACGCGUGACAAUAUUGAAACUGAUCUUAUGUUAGUUUAAUUUAUUCUUAUUUGUGUUCAAAUUAGUGUCAUAUUGGAAUUUAUUGUCACAAGCUAAGUAUUUGUAAUUUUAACUUUGUGUAGUUAUAAUUUUACAAAUAGGUAUCAAUUUAUAUUUUAGCCUGAUGAAAGUAUUAUCUUGUCUUGCCGUUUAUUGUUUAGUAUUAUGAUUCGAUAUCUCACUCGGAUAUUGUGAACGUGUUAAAAAUGCAUAGGUAAUUAACUUAAUCGACGAUGAAAAUACGUAGGAUCUAGUGAGCCAUGGUCUAUUAGACUUGUUUGAUGAUGUCAUGGUACUUUUGUUUUUAUUGGUACUCGGUAAAUGUUUUAUAUUUGUGAUUAUUUCGUGAAUUGACAUAGUGGUACUCAUCAUUAUUAAAUAUAAUAGAGAAUUUAGAUUUUAAUUGUUUAAUCAGUUUUACCAUUUGAAACUCAUAGGAUCAUUGUAUUUAAGAAAGAUGAUACUAUUUAAAAUAUUUUACAUAUUAUUAUCAUUUAUUUUACGAUUUUAAAUAGUACUUGAGGAAGAAUACAUUUUAUGGUUAAUUUGCAAUAUAGAAAUAAUUAUAUUGAUAAUAAUAAUCUAGUCGAAAAUAAAAGCCAUUGCAAUAUUAUACCAACAUAAAUCUUCAUGUACUUCAUUAGAAAAUUUGUGGCAUUUAUAAUACAGUACGUAUAUUAUAAUUAUGAGAUCUAGAUAAGCAUAUUAGAUAUAAUUUUUAAAGUUCUUGGUGAAAAUUGCAGAAGUAUAUUUAUAUAAUUUUGAAUAUUAUUACUCUGCAUGGUUACUAAUAGUAGUUAGAAGAUUUGUGUAUAUUAAUUCACGUAUUAAAUGAUUUGAAAUUAG